AUGGCACAGCCACCCGACUACGACGAACUGGAUAGGAUCAUGUUUUCGUUCAUCAUGGCAUCCAUCAGGACAAAAGUUGGCGGCGCCAUGUACACAAACGCAUUGGUGUGCUUCUUUGCGGCCACGGCCAUCAGGGCAGGCGGAGAUGGAUUUCAACCCGCCAGGGUGUUUACGGGAACGGUGGCGGCAAUGCUAUGGAUCUUACGACUUGUUUUUCUAGAGCACUCUUUCCAAGACAUGCCGCGGGAUAUAGAGGAUAUCCCGGUGGAAAAGAUGGAGUGGUUCACAGAGCAGCACGCCAAGUGGCUGUGUGUCGACGGCUUCACGGUGGUUGGGACCAUGAUCAGAUGGAUGGCAUAUGGCAAAGGGCAUCGAAACAAGACUCUGGCUUCGCCAAGCGUGCGAUGGACGGAUGACUACGAGACGCUCAUACAUAACGGGGAUCGCGUACGCAUCCACGAGUUUCAGCGAGCAGCUUACCGAGUCAAGCUGCGCGUCGAUCACGUCAUGGGAAUAUUGUUCGGGAGCCAGUGGUCGACUAUUGGGCCCAACAUCGAUCUGCAGAGCAUCCAAGAUGACAUGACAUAUCUUGGGUUCGGACAAUCAUUCGCCACGAACAAGGCCAACGCAUGGCUUCGCAGUGGUCCGGAGCUAGCCAUCAAAGCCGCACAGUCGAUGCUCUUCGACACAAGGACGAACUCGUGGAAGAGCAAAGGGGUUACGACGUGGCUAGGUAACCUGCGGGCUUUGAAAGGACUGCUCGCGGUCGUAUGUCACGUCUGGAGCGGAAUGCCCGGGCGUGGACCGGAGCUGAGCACAAUGAGGCACUGCGAUGGGUUACAAGUGAUGCGAAAUUGUUUCGUGUAUGACGGGUCGAUCAUGAUCGCGACUGAUCGCGACAAGGCAAAGUCGAUCCGUGACAUGGGACGCAAGUGGGAAUUUACCUUAUACCUAAGUAUAAUAGUAUAG